GUUUUUUCCUUUGCUCCACUUUCAUCUCUAAAUGACUCUGAUUAACCCCAAAUAAAGUUCAGACAUUUCCUCAGUUGCAUCCUCCAGCAAAAGCCAGGGUUCACAGAGAGCUUACAAAGCAUCAGAGGGAUCUCACUGUUGAAAGGUAUCAGUCAGGAGAAGGGUACAAAAACAUUUCCACGGCAUUAGAUAGACCAUGGAGCACAGUGAAGACCGUCCUCAAGAAGUGAAGAAAAUAUGAGACAACAGUGACAUUACCAAGAACUGGACGUUCCUCCAAAAUCAAUGAAAAAAACAAGACGAAAACUGGUCAGGGAGGCUGCUAAGAGGCCUACAGCAACACUGAAGGAGCUGCAGGAAUUUCUGGUAAGUACUGGUUGUGUACUACAUGUGACAACAAUCUCCCGUAUUCUCCAUAUGUCUGGACUAUGAGGUAGGGUCAAAGAAAGACAUCCAGGCCCGGCUAAAUUUUGCAAAAAAAAAAAAUACAUCAACUCUCCCAAAAGCAUGUGGGAAAAUGUGUUAUGGUCUGAUGAAACCAAGGUUGAACUUUUUGGCCACAAUUCCAAAAGGUAUGUUUGGUGCAAAAACAACAUUGCGCGUCACCAAAAGAACCCCAUACCCACGGUGAAGCAUGGUGGUGGCAGCAUCGUGUUUUGGGGUUGUUUUUCUUCAUCUGGAACAGGGGCUUUAGUCAAGGUGCUGAGAAUUAUGAACAGUUCUUAAUACCAGUCAGUUUUGGCCCAAAACCUUCAGGUGUCUGCUAGAAAGCUGAAGAUGAAGAGGAAUUUCAUCUUUCAGGAUGACCGUGACCCCAAGCAUACAUCGAAAUCAACAAAAGAAUGGCUUCACCAAAAUGAAAUUAUUUCAUUUCAUUCAUACUGUCUUGAUGACAUCUUAUUAACAGUUCAUUAGAUAUUUUAUUAGGCCAGAAAAUCCGACAUAUCUUCCGCAGGCUCCUAGUAUGAAAAACUGACAGUUGAUGGAUGUCACUGGCUGUCAUUCUCCAGCAUUCUGCACCAUAGAGGAGGGUGGAUAGAACACAGCUCUGGUACAACUUCAGUUUUGUCUUGAGUCUGUACUGUUGUGACUUCCAGAUGUUGUUUAAGCUCCUGAAGGUAUUCCUAGCUUUGUUUAUUCUACUUUUGAUGUCACUGUGCGCACCUCCAUCUUGUUUUACAGUACUACCAAGAUAGGUAAACUCGUCCGUUACUGGUAGGGCAUCACCAUUUACAUAGAUUGGUAGUGGGUCGGAGACAUUUAGGACCAUCAUUUCAGAUUUCUUCUGAUUUAUUUUCAGGCCAACUUGUUGUGCAAAAUAGCUCAGCCGUUCUGUCUUCUCCUGCAUGUGUUGGUGAGUGUGUGCGACUAGAGCCAGAUCAUCAGCAAAGUCGAGGUCUUUAAUGCUGAGAAGAGGGUCCAUCGUAUGCCUCUUGUUUUGUCUUCUGUUGUACGGCACUUCACCCAGUCGAUAACGAUGUUGAAGAGUAAUGCUGACAUCACACAGCCUUGUCUGACUCCAGUCUACCUGGAAUGCCAGGUUACUGUUUCCUACCCUGCAUUUGAAGUUGGUGUAGAAAGCCUUGAUAAUAUCCACUAUAUGUUGUGGGAUCCCAUACUUCCUCAGGAUUUUCCAGAGGCUGUCCCGAUGUACACUAUCGAAGGCUUUUUCAAAGUCAACAAAACUGAUGUAUAAUUGCCUCUGCCAUUCUGUGCACUGUUCAAUGAUGUUAUGUAGUGUGAAUAUGUGGUCUAUGCAUGAUCUCCACUUGCGGAAUCCUGCCUGUUCCUUCCUGAGCUUCUCAUCAACCGCCUCUGUAAGACGUUGUAUGAUAACUUUUGCCAUGAUCUUGCUUGGUAUCGAUAGAAGUGUAAUUCCGUGCCAGUUAUUAAAAUUCCUCAAGUUGCCCUUCUUUGGUAUCUUUAUAAUAAUGCCUUCCAACCAAUCAUCAGGUAUUUCCUUCUCCCAAAUAGCUUUUGAAAAGUGGUUCAAGCAGUUUGGAGGCCAUGUCUGGUUCUGUCUUGAAAAGCUCUGCAUUCAGAUUGUCUUGGCCAGGGGCUUUACCACUUUUAAGGUCUUAAUGGCUGAAACAAUUUCUUCCCUUGUUGGUGGGUCAAUGCUAAUUUCCAAGUCACUUUCUGCAGGUUCUACAUCUGGUUCUAUUGUGGGUGGUGGUCUGUUCAGCACUUCCUUAAAAUGCUCAGCCCAACGAACUUCUUGUUUUGCCUCCGUUAUUAACAAUUGGCCCAUUUUGUCUUCUAUUGGCAGCUCAGUAGUUGUUCUGUGUUUUCCACUGACUACUUUGAUAAUCUUGUAGACUUUCCCUUGUUCUCCUUUUCUAGCUGCUUCUUCUGCUUGGUUUGCAAGAUCUUCUAGGUAUGCCUGCUUGUCAGCUCUGGCUUUCCUCCUUACUGCUUUGUUGGUGUCUUGGUAUUGUUUCUUGUAUCUUUCCCUCAGUCUUUCAGACUUUGUGUCAUUUAUUUGUUUCUUCAAGGCCCUUCUAUUUUCAACUGCUUGCCAUGUGUCUUCACUUAUCCAUUCUUUCUUUUGGUUUCGUUUGUAGCCAAGGCAAGAUUCACUUGCCUUCACAAAGGCUGUUUUGGUCUGCUCCCACAUGGUGUUGAUAUCCUCUGGUUCUGGUUCUCUAUGGUCUAACAUAUCUGAUAGUGCUUGGAAUCUGUUCUUUAGUUGUAGAACAAAUGCACCUUUGACUUUGGUGUCUUGUAGCUUUCCAACAUCGAAAUGCUUUCUAGCUGCCUUUUUGCUACCAUCUUUUCUAAGCUUUACUCUCAACAUAGCUGUAACCAAAUGGUGGUCGCUGCCAAUGUCAGCUCCCCUUUUGACUCUGACAUCAAGCAAUGAACGUCUCCAGGUGCCAUUUAUCAUGAGAUGGUCGAUUUGAUUUUGAUCUCUUCCAUUUGGGGAGCACCAUGUUAGCUUGUGGAUGUCCUUGUGCUGGAACAACGUUCCGCCAAUGACUAGGUUGUUUACAGAGCAAAACUCUGCCAAUCUCUCCCCAUUCUCAUUCAUUCUUCCGCAGCCUUCUCUACCUAUUGCCCUGUCAUGUUCGUCAUUGUUGUUUCCUACUUUGGCGUUAAAGUCUCCCAUCACUAGUCUCAAGUCAUGACCUGGUGUAGCUUCUAAAACAGACUGCAGUUGUUCAUAGAAUUCAUCUUUCAAAGAUUCCUCACAGUCAUUUGUUGGAGCAUAGCAUUGGAUAAUAGAUGUGUUAAUUUGUUUCCCCCUCAGCCUUAUCUUCAUAAGCCUACUGCUGACAGGUUGCCACUCUAUCAAACUCUUCUCUACUCCUUUCUUCAAGAUGAUGCCCACUCCUUCUCUAUGUUGCUGAUCAUCUCUUCCUGAGUAUAGCAAUGUUUCCCCUGUGCAUGUUGCAAGUCUCCCUGAUCCUGUCCAUCUACUCUCACUUAUUCCUAGUAUAUCUAACUUGUAUCUUCUCAUCUCCGAUGUUACUUGUGCUAAUUUCCUUGUAUCAUACAUUGUCCUAACAUUCCAAAAACCUAUCUUAGUUUUGGUUUUGGCAUUCAGAACUUCCACCUUCCUGCCAAUGGCUUCCUUUCGGCUUUCACCACUGGCAUUCAUCCUAGCAUCUGUCGAUAGCCCUGGAAGUCCAUCACGCCCAGUAGUGUUGAUUCCUUCUGUUGCUGUUUCCGUAACAUUGUUUGUUUUUAAAAGACAGAGUUGUUAGCCCUGUGCUCAACCCCCAACCUGGAGGACCAGUGGAUUGCUCUUUGUCUGGCCUCUACCCUUUGACCUGUCCAGCAUGGGGGACCCUACCAGGAGAUAAAUCUCCCGCUGGCAUAGCUCUAGGGGUCACUGAGACACACAAGCUUCCCGACCACUACAAGGUUGCAAUCCAAUUGAAAAUCUGUGGGGUGACCUGAAGAGGGCUGUGCACAAGAGAUGCCCUCACAAUCUGACAGAUUUGGAGCGUUUUUGCAAGGAAGAGUGGACAAAUAUUGCCAAGGCUAGAUGUGGCAGGCUGAUGGACUCCGACCCAAAAAGACUGCAUGCUGUAAUUAAAUCAAAAGUUUCUUAGUACACAGCUUGGUAUAUCUGGGCAUGUUCAUCAGCUAAUGGCUGGAUCUAUGGCAGGAAUGACUGCAGUCAUUUGUACUUAUCCUCUUGAUGUUAUUCGUGCUCGCCUGGCAUUUCAGGUGACUGGAGAGCAUCGGUACACUGGCAUAGGAAAUGCCUUCCAGACCAUCUACCUGAAGGAGGGGGGCAUCCCUGGGUUCUACCGUGGCUUAACUCCAACCAUCAUUGGCAUGGCCCCCUAUGCAGGAUUUUCUUUUUUUACGUUUGGAACACUGAAGAGUCUGGGAUUGGCUCAUUUCCCAGUGCUCCUGGGGAAGCCGUCACUUGACAACCCUGAUGUACUGGUUCUGAAGACGCAUGUUAACCUGCUAUGUGGAGGAGUAGCAGGGGCCAUCGCUCAAACCAUAUCAUAUCCUCUAGAUGUUGCCCGGCGGAGAAUGCAGCUGGGAGCAGCGCUCCCUGACGCUGACAAAUAUCUCUCCCUUGCAAAGACCCUUAAGCAUGUAUAUAAGCAGUAUGGAAUUAAGAAGGGACUGUACCGUGGCCUGUCUCUUAACUACAUCCGCUGUGUGCCAUCGCAAGCCGUUGCCUUCACCACAUACGAGUUUAUGAAGCAAGUCCUGCACUUGAACUAGAGCAGAUUCCUGUUCUUGGCUGGCAGGAGUGGAACCCAAUGUGGUCUUCUGCUGUUGUUGCAUGCUGAGAUGCUUUUCUGCUCGCUAUGGUUGUAAAGAGUGAUUAUAGGAGUUGCUAUAUCCUUCCUGGCAGUUCAAACCAAUCUGUCCAUUUUCCUCUGACUUCUCUUAUCAGCAAGGCGUUUCCGCCUACAGAACUGUCGCUCACGUGGUGUUUUUUGUUUCUCGCACCAUUCUUUCUAUGUAAACUCUCGAGACUGUUGUGUGUGAAAACCCCAGGAGAUCAGCAGUUUCUGAAAUACUCAAACCCGUCCAUCUGGCAUCAACCCCCAUGCCACAGUGAAAGUCACACUUUGAAAUCACAAUUUUUCCCAUUCUGAUGUUUGAAGUGAAUAUUGACUGAAGCUUUUUAUUUGUAGCUGCAUGAGUUUAUGCAUUGUGCUGCUGUCAAGGGAUUGGCUGAUUAGAGAACUGCAUCAAACAGCAGGUGGAUGGGUGUUACUAAUUAAAUGGCUGGUGAGUGUAUGUACAAAUGUAUAAAUUGUAUUGUCAGUGAUAUAAUUCAGUAAGAAAGUCAUUGUACUUGAUCAACCAUAGACUUUUGCAUGGGGCCCCCUAGGCCUUGGGCCAGAGUCAUCUGUACCCUUUUCCCCUCUGAUGGCGGGGCUGCUGACGUGUCCGAUAAAGCUUCUCGGUGAUUUGCUGUAGCAGGCUGUCCGUUUCUAAGAGCUUCGAAUAGUAGAUUCUUCCUUUCUUUUAAAGGACACUCUGUGAUAGAUUAAGACUGUACAUGCAUGUUUGAGUGUGUGUGUGUGUGUUUUUUUUUAAUUUAAGGUAAAUGUAUGUAUUAGCAUCUUCACAGAGGUUUAAAACAGACGGUUCAGUGCCAUCUUCCUGUUCAAUUCUUUUUCUUUUUUUUUUGUUUCCACUUGAUGGCAGUCUUAAGCUGAAACAGCAAUUUAACAGGGACUUAUCUGUAUGCCAUUCAGCAAUACUUUUUUUUUUUAUCAUGAAGACAAUUUUAAGUUAUAUUUUUCUUGAUAUAUUUUGUUUUACGUGAUAAACAUGCUUUUACAGGUGCUGCUCUGUCCAAUGAAAACAAAGAUGAAAGAGACUGUAAUCUCGUUUAAAAAGAACAUUUAACUCGCUUGUAUAUAUGGAAUAACUUGAACAUUCGUUGUUAAUAUGCUUAUAUGUAUCAUUUGUUUCAUGCCAUUUUCUGAAGUAAAUGUCUCUCAUUUAAUUCAUUGUAUAAGAUGCCCAUAAAUGAAAUCAUUAUAAUGUGUUCAGAAGAAUUGCUCUGAGAAAUCUGUCUUGUUCUUAAUGUUGCACUUGUAUUGGGAGACCGACAGAAGGUUUAACAUUUUAUUAUUUGUGAUUAUGAGGAAAUUUACCUCGACAGUAUUAAAAAAUGAAAUUAAAGAUAUGAAAUUUUACAUCAAGCAGAUAUUUAAUUGGUACAAAACUACUGAUUUGUGAAAAUUAUAAUUUAAUCUUUGUCUCUGCAGGUGGUUAUAUUAAAUGUACAUUUCUGCAAAA